AUGACCAAAUCAAUCUGGCCUGAUUAUCGGAUUGAUAAUAUAGUUUCAAUAUGGUCAAUUGGACCGAUAGACAUCAAAGUCGAUAAUACAAACCGAAAGAAAAAAUUCAACGCUCAAGUUAUAAGAACUGAUAAUGGUGUGCUGCUAGUUUUUGCAUCUGGAAAAAUCACAGCAACUGGAUUCAAAAGUCUACCUAUGACAAUUCUAACAUUAAUGGAAAUAUUUCCUGAUCGUGAAAUAUCAUUCAUCAGAAUAUCUAAUAUAACAGCAUCAAGUUAUAAUUCAGUAAGGUUCAAUACUGAAAAACUUAAACAAUUAUAUUGUAAAAAAGAUACAAGUUAUGAACCUGAAUUAUUCCCUCCAAUAUAUACAAAACUAAAUGGACUAACAAUCAUGUACUUCCAUACUGGAUCAAUCGUAAUUGUUGGCGCGAAAAGUGUCGAACAAAUUGAAACUGCGAUUGCGCAGUUCAUGGACAGAAUCAAAUCACUAUAA